AGUAAUUCGCCGUGGAGUCCUUGGAGAUGUGGAUGUAUUGAUUCCUAGGUAUAAAAAGAGGAAAUCUGACUGCCCAGUUUGAUAAGCAUCAGAAGAACGUAAUCAAAACCCUCUUUACUUCAGACGAGCACAUACAAGCCUUCAUCGCUAUGUCCGGCAAGAACUUUAUCGAAAAGGUUGCCAUUGUCGGGGCUGGUGGCCAAGUAGGCACGUUCAUAACCCAAGCCCUUCUCAAAACUGGCAGACACCAAAUCACUGCCCUGUCGCGCCAAGGCAGUAAAAACAUCAUCCCAGAAGGUGCCACAAUCAAACAUAUCAACUACGCUGAACCAUCCACGCUCGUCGAAGCUCUUCGAGGUCAAGAUGCCCUAAUCUACACCCUAUCCGUGCUCGCAACCGAUGAAGCAGACAGACUUAUCAAAGCCGCUGCUGAGGCCGAAGUACCCUGGAUUCUUCCCAAUGAGUUCGGAUACAAUUCCGACAACGAUGAGGUUAACAAGGAUACACUAUCCGGAUUAUCAAAAAAGGCGCAACGGAAACUAAUUGAAGAGUUAGAAAAGUCGUCUUGGGUCGGGCUGGCGAGUGGGUAUUGGUAUGAGUAUAGCCUGUCUGUUGGCGCAUGGUCGUUUGGAUUUGAUAUCAAGGGGAAAGAGGUGACCUUCUAUGACGAAGGGGAUGUCAAGAUCCAUACUUCGACAUGGCCGCAAGUGGGACGUGCAGUAGCGAAUCUGCUUUCGCUACCUAUCACCUCAGACGACGCGACAGCGACAAGUCUGUCUCAGCUCAAGAACAAAUUCGCCUUCAUCUCGUCGUUCUACGUCAGUCAGCAGGACAUCUUUGCCUCUCUGCUUCACGUAACAGGCACAACCCGCGAUGACUGGAAAAUCUCCAGCCAGCCAAGCGCUGCACGAUUCGCGCUCGGCAAGCAGAUGUUACAGAAUGGUGAUCGACGCGGAUUUGGUCUUGCGCUGUACGCACGCACGUUCUUCCUGGAUGGUGCUGGUACACAUCCAGAUUCGGCAAAUGCAGCGUUGGAUAUUCCAGAGAAAGAGAAUUUGGAUGAGUACACCUCUGUUGCAAUCCAAAUGGCCACUGAGAAUUAUUUCGAGACCAAGGUUAUUGCUAGGAUUACCCCGGGGGCUUCUUAA